GCAUUUCAGCCAUCGACCUUGUUUUUUUUGGAGUCAGAAGUGACCAUAUUUGGAUGAGAAGGUGGAGCUGUGGAGGAGCAAGGGGUGGGACUGACUCAUGGAUGAGUUGUCAUUAAUGGGGAAAUAAGCUUUAUAGACCAAAGCCAUUUUUGUACCAGGCUGUAAACAUUUCUGCUGUAUAGUUGGGCAUUUUAACGUGAGGGUCUGUGAGGAUUGACCUGCUUUUGGAGUCAGCCUCAAAUGGCCAUUAAUGGAACUGCAGUAUUUGGCACUUGCGCUCUGGCUUCCUUUUUCAGCCCUGGAGGUUGCUGCUUGAAUUUUUCCAAACAACACACUCAUCAAUCAGUCAACUCAUCAUAUCAGGUCUAGUUUAACAGCAAAUUAAAACACAGAAGACUUUUGAAUAAAUUUAUGUAACUCUAAAAAUGUAAACACUAUUAUGUUACAUCAGCCAUUUAGAAACCAGCAUAUUCCAAAAUGUACAGAGCUGUAAAGUUGUCCACCAUGGUACCAGUUUGCUGCUAGCUAACUGUAGCUAACUUGUUUGUUGGUUGUUUGGUCUGUGAUGUAAUAGGUCAGCCAGAAAAAGGUCCAGUACUAACAAGCUGAAACGGGCGUAAUGACCACCUAUCAUAGAGGAGUUGGACAUACUUAAGUCAAUAAAUCCAUUACCUUCCCAUGCUUGUAUACUGGGACAAGGACAGGACAAGGACUUAAGCGUGCAUGUAAACAUACUGAGUGAGAGAUAAAACUCCCUUCCGGUUAGUCCCUGCAUAAUCCGGUCCAUGUUUUGUCUAAAACUCCUCCCUCCCUGAAGGUGUUGAGACUGGCUGCAGCAGCAGCAGCAGCAGCAGCAGCAGACACACACUCUUAGCUCCCAAUGAGCAGCAGUGGACACCUUCAGACUUACUGGAAGUGUUGUUGUUUUUCCUUGGAGCUUCUGACUCUGCAGAUUCAGAUAGACAAACAGACAUGUUACCAAAGACUCGUCUUGGGAAACGUUCUCCUCUUGGGGCACUGGUAAGCUCCACCUGCCCACCAGCAGGGACACAUAUAGGCCAGGAGAUGGGUGAGACUAGUGUCAUCAUGUCAAUAGCAGCAGGACAACAGGCCAUCAGCAGAGUCAAAGGUCAUCCUGAGCUGAAGGUGUAUUUUCAGCGUGGAGGGGAAUCUUCAAGUGUGAUGGAUCAGAUUGACCUCAUGCAGAGUGAUGUUCCUGUCUGGUCUUCAUCUCAUCCCUCCUCCUCCUCAGUGCCUCCAUCCUGUGGCAAACAUGUCUCCUCCUGCAUCGACGUCCCCAGAAGUCAGAGGAGUCCAGAGAAGGUGGACAUGGACGAGCUGAUGGCAGCACUGGUUCUCAGCAGUUUGUCCUGCAGCCCUCUACUGCACAGCCCUGCCCAUCCAGAGCCAACAGCUCCUCCGAUGGACUGUGUACCCGGCGAGCUCUCCGACAGCGGCAGCAGCGGCUACUGGAGCGUCAGCCACGGCAUCAGAAGCCCCGUCCCCUCUCCACCAAUAGCAGAGUCUGACGUCAGCCCAGCCACGCCUCCUGACGAAGGGCUGGACAUGGAGAUGGAGCAGGUGCUGUUUGAUGAGCCAGCGCCACGGAAGCGCAGGAACUCAGCGAAGGCAGCAUACAGGUGUCUGUGGCCGAGCUGUGGGAAGGUGCUGACAUCAGUGGUGGGAAUAAAACGUCACAUCCGGACAACUCACCUGUGCCGUGGCAGUGAACACGAGCGCUGUUCCCGCAGUGAGGAGGAUUUUUACUACACGGAGGUUACCCAGUGGGACCAGCAGCGGCAGCAGCAGUCUCCGACUCAUCCUCUCCUCUCCGGGCCUGCCCCCGCCUCACCCACCUACUCCUCCCCCUCCUCACCUCCCAGCCCUCCCCCGCCCUCUCCGCCAUCUCCCUCUCCACCAGCCUGCAGCACCCUGAGUCGCUCCGCCCCCUCUGUCUCCAGCAGCUUCAUGCAGGUCCAAUCAGAGCACUCCUACCAGGCUCCACCUCCGAGUCAUGUGACAGCCUCAAACUCACUUACCAGUCGUUUGAUAGCCCCUCCCACCAACUGCGUCAGACAGGGUUUUGCUUUUCGGGUGCGUUCAGUCAGUGUUGGAGAGCAGUGGCUGCAGCAUCAGAACGCCCCCUCGAGGAGGAUUCGCGGUGAGGCCAAGAAGUGUCGUAAAGUUUACGGCAUCGAGCACAGAGACCAGUGGUGUACGGCCUGCCGCUGGAAGAAAGCCUGCCAACGCUUCCUCGACUGAACGGAAGAAAAACUGGAAAGGAGGAUAAAAAACAAAGAGACAAAGAUGGACUUGAAAAGGCUGUAAACUUCAGCCUCACCUGGUGGAUGUUUUAUACAUUCUUGUAUCUGAAACCAGAAAUAUUUUUUUUUGUCAUUUUUAUACUCUUUCUACAUUUGCUAGAAGUGUCUUUUUUAUUUUGAAUGUGUUAAUUGAAUAUAUUUCGUAGAUGUUGUGUCCUGUUGGUGCUUUUUUAUGAACAGAUUGGGGCAGCUAUUAUGUGACCUUUGACCUUGAAGCACCCAAGUGAGUUUUUGUGUCCGGCCGACUCUCCCUGGGUAUUCUUAACAAAACCAGCUUCUGCAUCAAGAUUGAUAUGCACUCCAGUUUAUUAGCCAAUUUGUAUGAAUAUUCAGUCACAAUGGAAACACUCAGCUCCAGAUGCAAUUUGUUGUGAUCCAGAUUUGGUCUUAACCCUGAGUUUGAGUUCUACAAAGCUGGUCUAGUGCUGACUAACACUAGCUUUAAUUCAAAUUUACAGAUCAAAACCUAUGAGUCACCAUUUCUACAGGAUCGCAACAAGGACAAAAAUAUAACUGAAACACAGAGUGACUUAACUUUCCUGUGAUCCUGGCUGGAUAUAAAACAGGCUUCCAACAAACAGCAGGUAUUUUGUCGCCAGUAUAAAUAAUAAUAUGAAUAUUAUUCACAUCCAUUUGUCUCUCCUAGUAUUCCUGACAGUACUCAGUGCAGCCCUGGUCAAUUAAAUACUGUACAUCAGUCAACACUUCAGAUGCCCUUACUACAUUAAAGUGUUAUGAAUCAUUUAUUCGAUGUUUAUAUGCUGCUUUAAGGCACUAAACAGGUUGGGAAUCACUGCUGUAGACUGUUGUCUCUAUGGUGCAUUCAUGUGCAACGUCAAGAUGUGGUUUGACUGGUCAGCUUUUCUUGACUCUCAUUUUUGAAGGUGGUUUUGGUGUGUCAGGGCUCUCUGACACUGAACUCUGUUAUGAUUCCCAUUGUGGUUCAUUUCAAAGCCAAUCAUAUUAUCAUAUAAGGUGUCAAAUAUUUCAGCAUCUCAACUAAAUAACUAUAUCUAUCAAACGCUUCACUGUAAAUAUCAGCAUCACUUCAGUCUUCCACCUCCCAUCAGCCCUUUCUUCAUUUGAGCUUCAGUUGAGAUGCUAUAUGUUUGGAAGCAGAAGCCAUUUCCACUCAUCUUUGUGGAAACCACAUGCAGUAUUGCUCAAGAGCUCUGUUUAAUUACAAUUAAAAAAUAUACAUGUAUGUUUACACUGAAUGAUAUAUGUUGUUUUUUUUUUUUUAUAUAAUAUCUACUUGGUGUAUAAAUACAGAUAUAUAUCAGGCCAAUUUAUCCAAUAACUACUCUUCCUGACGCCAUUUUAAAUGUUCAGAUUUCAGAUGUUAAACGUAUCUUUGCAGUAAACUGGGACAAAGAUUCCUCUAUUUAUAUUCUCUUUAUGUCCUGUUUGUUAAUGAUCAAAAACAGAAAUGUUGGUCAUUGUAAUCAUAUCAUUUUUAAGAUGCACUCUUUUAUACAUGAUGUGAAAUCCUGAUGUUGUUAGAAUAAACUGGAAAAAGCUGA